GCGAGGAUUCAUUUGUUCUUUCCAAAAGUAGUCUUUCCAUAGUGUUAGUGACGAACAAAGCAGCAUGACGAUAACGACGUAAGGAUCAUUGAGUGGCUUUAAGUUUUGUUUUAGAUUUUGCGAGCACACAGUGGCAAAGCAGCAUCUUAGAUUUCUACGUUGUCGAGCUCGACCUGUUGACAAUACAAAGUCCGUAGCGACGAGCAAAACAAGCAAAGAUAAGCGUAUCUGUGCUCCUUCAGACGUCAAAAAGGUUGUCAUUGAAAUUGUCGUCGUCGUGAUCGAAGCUGCGUAGUAUAGAUACUUGAAUACACAAGAACGCAAAAGAAGCUAGAAGCUUCGCACAACACUAUGCCGCCUCAACCCGCACUAGUAGCCGGCGCCCCGGCACGCGACGUCGGCCUCAAUUCUGAGAACGUGAUGACAAAGUUCCGAGGCUCCUUCGAUAAGUGGGUAAAGAAGGCGACGGAGCUAGACAAGGAACAACUUACCACGAAAUUGCGGACCGUCGAGCCGCGAAAUUUUCGGAAAGUUUUGCACGGACAGAUUAACAUCUGGUACGUUCUGGCAAUGCGCAACAAAGCCCGCGCCGACAAGCCGCCCCUUCCGCCCCCGGUCCGCGCAAAGAUUGUGGAAUUCAUUGGAGACGCGUCAGCAUCGUCUCUACUCCCGAGCUGCAAGCAGAUGCAACAGCUCGGUUGCUCCGUCGUUGAACAGUAUUACGCACGCUCUGUCCUUCCGUACUUCCUGGACAAGAUCCACGCUAGCGUCGAAAAAGGAAACAUGGAAUCCUUUGAAAUCGAUAGGGACCUUCUUGACGGGGCGCCAGCGCUGGCGAACGGAGAGCGACCACGAAUCGAGGUCGUCGUGCGCCUCCUUGUGUUCCAAGGCUUCCGCUUGCGCAUGGAGGGCCACGAGGUGGCAAUCGACCGAUCUAAUUCGUACCUCAUAGAUACGGUACCGCUGCCGGUACGCGUUCUGGUCUAUCAUUGGUCUCACACCGAGAUGCCGGCUCAGAUCAUCGCCGCUCAUGCAGCCCGCAAUUUGACACCAGGAGGCGCCGCAUCCGCGGACGCUCCUGCGGGUAGAACUGGAAAAAUCUGGGUGGAGUUUCAAGAGACAAUCGGCCGCAUUGGAGACGAGGUGGUAAAAUACUUGCUCGACCUCUUCUCUGCCGCUGUUGCAAAAGGGAUUCCACAACUGGAGAUUACACGCGAACUACUAGACCAAGGACCAAAACUUCCCAGUGGCGAGUCCUAUCCCGUAAAUGCUCGAGAUGUUGAUGCAUUGCACGACGGUCUGUCACACGGAUAUUCCCUGUUGAGCAAGUUGUCGAAAGAACAGCCCACGAUGGGUUUCACAAUCAAAGGACCUUUUGGUCUCUUGUUUCAAAAUCGUGAUCCACUUCCAGUCUGUCUUCAUGCGAUGUACGUACCGGAAGAAAGUGCUGUGCCGGCUAAGUAAUACUACUUUCAGUUUCAAGCUCCUUGGAGUAAGGCUUUCUUUGUUUGUAAAGCCAAAGGUCAG